AUGGGCGAGGUCCAGAUCCAGUUCCGGGAUGCUGUGAUGGAUGAGGAUGCGCGCACACGAGAGCUGCGGAUGGCGGGUCGCCGGGCCUACGCUCAGGGCGAUGUGGCCGUCGCGCAGCAAGCGUACGAUGCGCUGGUCGACUACCUCGCGCCAGACCGCGAGUUUGAAGCCACCUUUGUCUUGGCCGUCUUCAACUGGAUGGCCGGAGAGGACGAGCGCGUGGUGCUCGAGGGCUUAGAGGCGAGCAUACGCUGCGAUCCGUCGCACCCGGCGCCGUACCUGCUCGCGCUAGCAGUCCACGCCAAGUCCAAGGCAUCGCCCGAGGCCGUGCCGCCGCUGGCGGAGGCGCUGCUGCGUGCAGCGAUGCAGUACAAGUUCUCGCCGCUCAAAGGCAUCAAGCGGGCGCUGUGGGCGUAUGUGGAGAUGGGGCGGUUUACAGAUGCUCGCGCGCUCAUCGAGGUUGCGGUCGAGCUCUAUCCGGACGAGGCCAGCAAGUAUCAGGUCUCGCUCAUGCACAUCGACAUGCAGGAAAAACAGGCUCACGACGAUUGCUCGUCUGAUGCCGGCAGCGAGUCUGCGUCGCGGCACUCACCGCAGCAGUCGGCGAGGAGCGCGGGGCCGUCAGCUGAGGCGGCAGCAGCACGUGCGGUCGAAGAGGCAGCCGUGGCGGCCGGCGAUGCAGCCGUGGCGGCCGCAGCGGCCAAUGCCGAGGCGGAAGCCGACGCGCUGGACAAGGCGCGGAGCAUCCAUGCGCUCAUCGAGGCCGAGGGCCUUGGCGACGACGGGCUGAGCGCCGAGGAGGAGAUCGAGGCAUCUGAGGCGCUUGGCGCGCUGGCUGCGCAUGCUCCUGCCGAUGCUUUGGCGCCACUAGGUCGGUUGGCGGCGGCGUAUCCACGAUCUGCCGGCCUGUAUCGGCUGCUGGGCACUGCGUACACCGAGAUGGGUGAUGUGGAGGCUGGGCGCGAGCGACUCGAAUACGCAGACAAGCUCGCUCGGGGCACCGACGGAAAGGUUGUCAACGAGCUGCUGGUGAAUCUGCGGGCAUCUUCGGCGGCCGACGCAGCGCCGCGUGUCGUCGCCCUACUGCGACGCGAGGUUCUGAAUCGGCGAAUGACGCCGCAUGCGGGAUCGCUGGCGCGGUUUGUGCUUGACGACGAGCCUGCGUUGGUUGCCCCGACGGUGAACGCCGAAUCCGCUCUAGCGGUGGUCGAUGGUGCGCUGGAGGUCGAGACUGUAGUUGGGAGCGCUGAUCUGGAGCUGCUCCGUGAACGGGUGGUGGCGGCGCAUGUGGGACGCGAGGUGGCGGCGGCGCACGCUGCACGUACUGCCGGCAAGCCGCAGGCCGCACUCGGCCACCUGCGGCGCGGACUGGAGAUCGGCGGCGACGACGUGGGCAUCCUCGCGCACGCAGCAGCACCGUUUGAGCCCGAGCCCGUCAUCGCGCUCCUCGACGUGCUGGAGACGGUGUGGCUGGCACGGGUCCACGGCGACGUCGUUGAUGCAGAGCUGCCGCUGCAUCCCGAGACAGAAGCGGUGGAGGUAAUAGUGGCACACGCGCGGAAGCUGAGUGGCACAGACUCGGUCCUCGUCGUGGCCCAGACCGGCGAGUGGGCGUUUGUGGCGGCGCGAGCGGCUGCGGCGCUGGAGCGGCUGGCGAAGCGGGCGCUCAAGACCGAGCUCGAAGAGUGGGCGCGGCUGGUAGAGGGCGUGACGAUUGGCAUUGGGCUGGCGAGCGGGCAGGACGCGUACAUGGACGGCAAGUUCGAGGAGGCGCUACAGGCAUUCGGCACCAUCCUGAGCAAGGCUCCGCGACACGCAAAGGCUUCGUUCUGGUCUGCGGUGGUGGCUCAGCAGAUGGGCUCGUCGGCGGCGGCCGAUGCACACUACGCGCGGCUAUGCGAGGUCUCGGGCGGCCCGGUGUACGAGGCGCUGCUGGAGGCCGUGGCCGACUCGAUGACCAAGGAGGCGUACAUGCGUGUCUCGCGCAACCUCCGCAAGCUCCACGAUCGGCACCACCUGACGGCAAUGAUGCAGACAGAGUCGCCGUUCAAAGGCUCGCGCGAGGCCAAGGAGCUGCAGCGUGUGCGGCGCGGGGUCGGCCGAGCGGUUGUCGAUCGAGUCCUGGACGAUGGCCAGACGCGGUUUUACUGAGCCCUCUACGACUCGGCGAGGCUCCAGUUGAGGUCGAGGCCGUCGGGCACGGCGUGGGCCUGCAGUGCGUCGACGAGCUCUGCGGGGUCGGAGCGGAAGAUGACCAGCUCUGCAAAGUCCUCCGAGAUAAAGCCGUGGGUGAUGGCCCGA